CCCCGCUGCUUCUGGAUCAAGCGCCUGUUUAUUCUCUCACAUCACUUGCACCUGUUUGCUGCCUUUGACUUGCCGGCAUGGAGAGCGAGCUGAGACCCAGGGUGUGCUACCUGGUCAAAACAGAACGAGGGUAUGGAUUCCAUCUUCACGGCGAGAAGAACAAAGGUGGACAGUUCAUCCGGAAAGUAGAGGCCGGUUCCUCAGCCGAGCUGGCCGGGCUGAAACCCGGGGAUCGAGUCGUGGAGGUGAACGGGGAGAACGUGGAGAAGGAAAGCCAUCUUCAGGUGGUAGAGCGUAUCCGAGAAGUACCUCAUCGUACCAGACUAUUGGUAGUGGAUCGAUUUACCGACGACUACCUCCAGAGCUGUGGCUUGGAGUGCACAGAGGAUUUAGCCAUCGAGAUGGGAACCCUCUCCCCGCGUCCUUCGCCUGGGCCCACACCGUCCACCUCCCCUGUUCCCCGAGUGAUUUCACCCAAGUCCCCCAAGUCUGACGACACACUUCCUGCUGCAGACUCGCCCGCUCUCGCGUUCCUUCGAGGCAAGGUCAAGAGCUCCUCUUUGACAUCGAGUACUGUGACGGAUACAGAGACGGAGGCCUCGCCAGAACCAUCAACCGAACUUCUUCCCCGCCUGUGUCAUCUGGUGAAGGGGGAACACGGCUAUGGUUUCAACCUGCACAGCAACAAGGCCAAGUAUGGACAAUUUGUACGCUCAGUGGACCCCCACUCACCCGCCGAGUGUGCUGACAUGCGGCCAGGAGACCGACUGGUGGAGGUAAAUGGAGUGAACAUCGAAUGCCUGAGGCAUACUGAGGUUGUGGCACUCAUUCGAGCAGAAGAGCGAGAAGUGCGUCUUCUGGUGGUCGACCAGGAAACAGACGACCUGUUCCACAGACUUGGGAUCACACCCACAGCACGACAUGUGUACAUGGACGAAUCCUCCACAGAAGUCGCCUCAUCCGCGCCUUCGCCCACCACUGAACACCUUUGUACCGCAGAAGCACCCAUCGUACACGUCACACUGACGGACACCGCCAUCACAAACAUGUCCCCCAAACCGCGAGCCAAUGGGAGCUAUGCAUCCCAGUCCUCAACCGGCUCUACCACCCAAUCCGAGAUCAGUAGCUCUGAUAUGAGCUUCCAGGUCCCCGAUGAGGACGACAGGCGUGUUUCGGACCCUUUCAUAGACAGUGGUCUUCGUUUGAGCCCCACAGCGGCCGAGGCGAAGCAAAAGGUUCUUGCCGGGCGCAACAGAAAGAGGGCGCCCCUUAUGGACUGGAGCAAGAAACAGGAGAUCUUCAGCAACCUCUGAGUGCACAGAACUGAAAGAAUGCGGACUAUGAUUUAUGAAUUGUUACAUGUCAGCACCAUCAACUUGCGAGUAACUGAAACUAACAAGCAAUUAAGAACCGAACACCUCAAGCCAUAGCAAUAUUUUUAAGAAAGUGGGCCCUUACACUUAAUCGGUUCCAUUUGCAUUAUAAAGAAACUAUUUUAUCAUGCAUUUUAACUACAUUUCCUAUUAGAGAAAGUGUUGUGCACAUUGAUUUAAAUGCACAUUGGGAAAAAAUAAAAUUUUAAAGAUGAAUUUAAAGCACUGGAAAAAUUGCAAUGUUUUUGCCUGUGCCCGCUUCCUAAAGUUAGACUUGAUCAUAAAAUCUAAAAAUGUUAAUAUUUCAUAAAUGUUAUAUUUCUUUAUAUAUAUUUAUGUUAUUUCUUAUCCCAUUUACUAUACUUUAUUGUUAAAAGAACAGAGUGUAACUUAUUUUCUAGACUAUAGAGCAGUGGUUCUUAACCUUGGAGGUACGGAACCCCACCAGUUUCAUAUGCACAUUCACCGAACCCUUUAGUGAAAAAUAAAAUGUUGGGGUUUUUUUCAAAUUCAAGACAAAGUUAUAUGUUUUUGGUAACACUUUAGUAUGGGGAACAUAUUCUAAGUAACAAAUACUUCAUUUAUAGUUUUUUGGACACUAGGGGAACAUAUUCUAAGUAACAAAGACUUAAUUUAGAGUUAUUUGGUUAGGGUUAGGGUUAAAGCCAGGGUUAGAGGGUUAGGGUUAUAAUAAGGCCAUGCCGUUUAAAGCAUUAAUAAGUACUUAAUAAUGACUAGUUAAGAGCCAAUAUGUUACUAAUUUGCAUGUUAAUAAGCAACUAAUUAAUGGUGAAUAUGUUCCCCAUACUAAAUUGUUACCAUGUUUUAUUACUGGUGCACAAAAUGAACCGUGCAUGAACAUCACCUUGUUCAAAGAACAAAACCAACAAAGCGCAUAAACUCACAACAAAUUACACACCUGCAAAUCAGUCUGACAUCUGCUGUUGUCCAUAAUACGCCCGAUAGGGAGAAGUUUUUAUUUACACGAUGAGUUGGGUGUGUGUUGACCUCCGCCGAACCCCUAGGGUUCGAUCGAACCCAGGUUAAGAACCACUGCUAUAGAGAAUUUAAGCCGCACCCACCAAAUUAUAGAAGAAAAAAUAUUCACUUAUUUAGCCGCACCGGACAAUAAAGCCGCAGAUAUAUACGAGAUAUUUGUAAAUGUUUAUUUACAUAGCUUAAUUGUUUCCAAACAGUGCCUGUAACACAGCAGUAAAACGGAUGAUCAAACAAAACAGAAGUCAUCGUCAUGGACCCACGAGCUG